AUGAUUAUUCUAUCCUUGUGUCGGAGGAUGUCUCCUUCUCGGAGGAAACUGGCACAUAAUUUAGGACACGGCGUGGCAUUCAAGUCAAUAGCGCUCAGCCGACGCACUCUUCAUAGCCAAGCUGCAUCCCAGCAAGAUGCUGAAGUACAGAGCAUCCGCAAUAUCGGUAUAAUUGCUCAUGUUGAUGCCGGUAAAACAACAACCACAGAGCGCAUGCUCUACUACAGCGGCGUCACGCAAAGAGUUGGAGAUGUCGAUGCUGGAAACACCGUCACUGACUUUCUGGAACUGGAGAGAGAGCGAGGUAUCACGAUUCAGUCUGCCGCCAUUACCUUCAAUUGGCCGAAAGCUCAGAAUUGUACUCCUGGCACUCGUCCCCAAACGGUUAACUUGAUUGAUACACCUGGCCAUCAAGACUUUAGAUUCGAAGUUGAUCGAUGUCUUCCCAUUCUCGAUGGUGCUGUCUGCAUCAUUGAUUCGGUCAAAGGUGUUGAAGCCCACACAGAACGAGUUUGGGGCUCUGCGCAAGAAUUCAAGAUUCCUCGCAUCGUAUAUUGCAAUAAGCUGGACCGUGAGGGUGCAUCUUUCAAGAAAGCGGUGUUGGAAAUUGGCACAAGGCUCAAGGGCUGGCCUCUCGUAUGCCAAAUCCCAUGGUGGGAAAAGGAAGUGUUUGUUGGUGUGAUAGACAUCAUCAACAGCAUCGGGUACAGAUGGAAGUCGGAACGCGAGAAGAUUCACUAUGGACCAGAUGAGUUGCAGGAGGAGCUUUCUGCUUCAAAUCCUGACCUACUGGCCGAAAUGCAGCUGGCAAGGCAACGUUUAAUUGAGGGUCUGGCUGAUUUUGAUGAGGCAAUCAUGGACGAAUUCCUGGCUGAGAAUCCUGAUAUUCCAAACUCAACGCUGAAGCAGGCCAUCCGGCGCGCCAUUCGAAGCGGAGACGGACGGGUCAUUCCGGUAUUCGCUGGCUCUAGCUUUCGCCAUAUCGGCGUUGAGCCAUUGAUGGACGCCAUCACCGAUUAUCUGCCAAACCCAGCAGAACGACCGGAUGCUGAGGUGCGGGUUGGGUCCGCCAAACACGGGCUUCACAGCGUUUUGGACAGCAAGGGCAAAAAGACAGCAGCAAACAUUGCCUCUGUAGCAUCCAUCUUCAAGGUCGUCACUCAUCCAAAGGAAGGGGUCAUCAGCUUUGUCCGAGUCUACCACGGCACCCUAACUCGUAAUGCUUCGAGUUUCAAUACCAAUAUCAACGCCCAGGAGCGUCCCAUGGGUAUCCUUCAGAUAUCGGCAUCAAAAACACAAGAUGUGCAGGAGCUCACAGUGGGGCAAAUCGGCGCUCUCCGAGGCCUGAAGAAAGCCCGAACUGGAGAUACGUUGAUUACGACUGUGGGCGGCAAACCGGUUCCAGAGCAUCUUCGCCAUGUCCAGAUUCGACCUCCUGAAAUCCCACCUCCGGUGGCAUUUCUACAAGUGGAACCAUACGGGAACGUUGCGGCCCAGGAGCUACAGACGGCGUUGGAAAAUGCUUCCAGAGAAGAUCCCAGUCUUAGAUGGGGCCGAAACUCAAAGACGGAUCAAUUCACAAUUCAGGGAAUGGGCAAGCUCCACCUGGAUGUGUCUCUUUAUAACAUGAGACAAAAGCGUAGGAUCGAUGCUGAGUUUGGUCAAAUCGAGGUUGACUACAAGGAAAGUGUGACUCAACCUACCAAACCACAGUACACAGUCUUUGAUAGACCGGUCGCCAGCAAACCGGGCAGGGCUGCCUGUACAGUAAUAUUACAGCCUAUUGAUGAAGAAAACCGGCAUGCCCUCCUGGAAUCUGGUAUUGAAAUAGACGGCAAUAUUUAUGAGAUUGAAGUUCCCCAGUCGCAGGAAUCGUCUACUUUGGCCUUUGACGCGGAAGAGGCUCGACAUCAGCUUCUCAACGGAGCCAUUGCUGGAUUGGCACGGGGUCCUCGCAGAGCCUCGCCGGUUCACAGUUGCCAUGUCAAGGUCAGUCUUGACACCUCUGAGGGCUCGCUCGAAAGCCCUACAGGUGGGCAUUUCAGCAGUGUCGCCAGAGCGGCGGUGCAAAAUACGCUUCGAGACGCCUUCGACAAGCAACAGAUUGGGGUUCUAGAGCCCAUCAUGCUUACACACAUUACUUGCCCGGAAGCGACGGCCGGAACCGUGCAGCACGACAUUACAGCUGGCGCCGGCGGGCAAGUCCUUGAAGUCAAGGAUAGGUCUGCCGAGUCCAUGGGCGACGACUUGAUUGAUGUGACCAAGAUUUACGCUCCACCCGAUCCGUACGACUCGGUGACGUCUCUGAGGGGCAAGAGGUCGACGGACAGGAUGGUCGAGAUUGUAGCCAAGGUGCCAUACAAGGAAAUGCUAGACUACGACGACCACCUACGAAGUAAGACGGCUGGACGCCACUCCAUGACCAUGUCUUUCGACUCAUUUGCGAGGGUGGUUGGGCACAGGGAGAAGAUGUUGUGA